AUGUGUGCACAAGAUACUUUCACAACAUACUUUCAUAAUUCAGGGUUCUUCGAGGAGGGUGAGCUUCCGCCAGGUCCGGUAUUCUCUGGGGCUGACAACAUGGACUGCUUCAUGCAGCAGGUGUGCGACGCCCUUCGUGAUGGCUCCCUGGGCAUUGAUCUGAACAUCGAUCUUGGGCAGGCAGAUGGUGUUGAUCCCACCGGUUCAUUUUCAGAUAUACCUACAUCCGGUGCUGCAGGUGUUGCGACAGAAGGGCCAGACGGGGAUGGGGCCUCCCCUAUUGCAGAUUUCGAAGAGCAGGGAUAUGUUCCUGCACCGGUCUUCCCGAGACCUGACUCUGGACUGUUAGCCGAUAUGUUAGCUGAACAAGCUCCCACCGGGACUGUGAGACCACUCUUUGAGAGUGAUUCAUCCACAGGCGCUGUACCUGAUUCUGCUAUAGCUUCGGGUGUUUUCCCGCCUUCGCCUAAUACGACUGACUUGCCCACGAGGGUUGAUAUACCUUCCAUGAGCAUUCCUGUCGUUACUUCGGAGCCUGUCGAACCCCAACCCGAGGGGAUUUCCGCCGGUAUAGGUUCUCGACCGUCUCUAUAUGAGCAGGUCCAUGCUCUCUUGGCCGAUACCAAUCCAGAUGGGGAUGUCUUCCGCACUGACCUCGGCUUCUUUACUGCCUUUUAUAACGGCGUGAUUGAUAAGCUUCUGCACAGAGGGUCUUCUUUUGAUCAGUUCAGGCGUUCCUUCUCCCGUCACAUGAUGAUGAUGAGGGAAGAGGGAUAUCCGGAUUUGGCCGAUUCCUUUACAGCUGAUUUCGCUGCCCUGGAGUCAGAGAUUCGAGAGCUGAGGGAGUUGAAGGCUGGUGGAGCUCCCUCUUUUGCAUCUUCUCAGGUGGAGGAUAGGUUGACGCAGUGGCAUGAACGAAGUAGAGUGAAGAAACAGACCUUUGUCUUUGCGGGGGGAGCCAGGCGGCGGGGUAUCGCUGGCCGGAGAUUGAGUAAGGUCGUCGAGGUCCCCGCCGACCUUGAAGGUGAGCUCGGCGUGGAGGUUCCGGAGGUUGGUUCUUUUGAUUUCUUAGUUAUAGCAUUUGAAACUGCAGAAUUCACAAUAAGGAACAAAGUAGCGAUCACCAUGGAUUUGCUCAGCACUCAAAAUGAAAUUAUGCGAAUGAGAGAUGAACAAGGGAUUUACUAA